AUGCCAACCCAGGCUCUGCUGCCCCUCCUGCUCCUCUCUGUGCUGCUGCUACAGGCCCAGGGAGGGCACCGUAAACUGAACGGGAUGCAGAGUCUUAAGGCCUGUGAGAAGAAGCCCAGCGUGUAUCUUUGCAGCAAUCACUGUUCAUAUUUUCUAAAGUGUCCAAAAGCAAAUACUGUAUGUUGUUCAACCUUCUGUGGGAACGUUUGCAUGAGCCUCCGUGUGCGCACCCCGGACUAUGAAUUCUACUGGAAGCUGCUGGUCUUCUCCAUUGUGAUAACUGGUGUCCUGGCCCGUGUUCCCCAGAGCUCUCUGGGCACUCCACUCCUACUCAGUGGACUGAGAGGCCACACCUAG